AUGAGAUUGAUUCACUUGUUUCUGUGUUUAUUCAUCGCUUUUGAUCGAGUUUUAACGCAAAUAGACGUUCCGAUUGAGAGUUUACUCGAUGCAGUUGAUGAAUCCGAUGAUGAUAUGGAGGAAGCUAAAAAAGAAUUGAAAAAGCUCGAUUCGGAUGGAAAUGAUGAUGAGUUACCUGAUGAGAAAUCGACUAUCGAAUUUGCGAGGGAUUGCAACAAAGUAAACGAGACCGACAACAAAGAAAUUUGUAUGAUGGUGCAAAAAUGGAGCACACGAGUGCAUAAAGAGGUCGUAAAACGAAAAGCGGAAUGCGCCCAACUUGACCUUCAACUUUUAUCGCAAAGACGAUCAAAGAGAACUUUAAACAGAUUCGGAAUGGCUUUCGAUCGGAAUGUUUCACUUGCAGCCCAUUGCCGCCUUCGCCAAAUGCGCCAAAAAACGCUCACUCAACGAAAGAAAAACGAAAGGAAACGCUUGCAAAAGUUGAAGGGUUUAAUAAGUGAUCAGGAUUUGAAAUAUUUUGCUGAUGCAAGGUUGAAUGCGAGAAAAAUCGAGCAAGAUACAGCUGCUGUUUUGUCAGCGGCAAGGGCAAAGCUACGAGAGCUAGUCGGCUUAAACACAGUUGAUCAAUCGAUGAUCGAAGCACAGCGGAAAGUCGUCGCAAAAACCCAGCAAGAUCACCGAGAAACGGUGAAAAUGUGGCAAGAAACGGUCAAAGAGCACAAUAUGGCGAAAGUGCGAUACGCUGAAUUACAUCCGAAAGCUGCAAAUCGCGCAAAUCCAAAAACGAAUCGAAGAACAAAACGGGCAAUAAUCGCUUUACCGAAAGUGAACGCGUUGGCAAUCGACGCGAAUGCGACGAGUUAUCAAGAGUGUUUCACGAUGAAAUGCUUGUGCAAAUUUUGGAAUGGAACGGCAACGGUCCCCUGCAUGUACAAAGGAGUCCUCUUGACAAAGGCAAUUCGAAAAGAGUACCACACUUUGACAAACGUUGAACGAAAUCGCUAUCACGCAGCAUUGAAAGCAUUGAAAGCAAAUGGUGUCUACGAUACGUUCGGUGAA